CCCCCCCCACCCAGGGACCCGAGGCCUCCCCCGGCUGCCCCCCCCCCCACCCAUUACCUCGGUACCACCACAGCCCCCGCGGGGGGCCUCGGAGUAGCCGGCCUCGAGCCCCCACGACUUUGAGGGGUUCCGUCAUGGGACUCCCGCACGUGGCGCUGCUGCCUCUCCCACUCCUCCUACUCACCGCGCCGGGACUACUCGUGCUGGGGGGCAGGGCUCCCCGCUACGCCCUCAACCCCCUGGGCAAGAAGUGGGAGCGAGACAACCUCACCUACAGGAUCGACCGCUUCCCGUCGUCGCUGGGCCGCGAGGAGACGCGUGUCGCCAUCGCGCGCGCCUUCUCCAUGUGGGGCCACGUGUCGCCCCUGUCCUUCAACGAGGUGCCCCCCACCAGCCCCGCCGACUUCCGGAUAGGGUUCUACACGCGCGUUCACGAGGGGUGCGCCCACGCCCCCGCGCUGCUCCACCCGUGCUUCGACGGGCGCGACGGGGAGCUGGCGCACGCCUUCCUACCCCCACGCGGGGACGUUCACCUGGACGAUGACGAGAGCUGGGUGCUGGGCACCACACGCUUCAGCUGGAGCCGCGGCGUGUGGAUGAACGACCUGGUGCAGGUGGCGGCGCACGAGAUCGGCCACGCGCUGGGCCUCAUGCACUCGCGGCGUGCCCACGCGCUCAUGCACGCCAACGCCACGGCCACGCGCACACGCAGCCUGGCGCGAGACGACGUGUGGGGCAUCCAGAGGCUCUAUGGCUGCCGGGACAAAUCCGGGACGUGCGAUCGCUGGGUGCGCCGUGGUCUCUGCUCCUCGCGCCCGCGCCUCUCCAUGAGCCGCUGCGCCAGCUCCUGUGACCUCUGCUACGGGCAUGCGCCCCCCUCCGCGACCCCCCGCCCCCGCACGCCCCCCAAGGCCAAGGUGGUGUCGCGGGGUCGCAUCGUGACCUUUCACUGCGGGAGGCGGCGCUCCCUGCCCGGGGUCACCGUGAGCUGGUACAAGGACGGCGAGUGGCUAGAGGCCUCGGUGCCGGGGCGGCUGACGAUGUCUGGACGUGAGCUGCGCCUCGUCGCCAACGAGGUGAACGAGGGGGAGUACACGUGCACGCUGGCGCGCGGGGGCAGCGAGCUGCGAGCCAACGCCUGGCGCAUCGUCCUCAAGGAUCCCCACGGGGACCCGCAGGGAGAAGAAGGCGGGGAGAUCCCCACCACUCAAGUCUCAGGGCUACGACCCUCGGGCCGAACGCCGUGACGCACGGGGCCGAGGUCAGGGGGAGCCGCUUAGCUCGGGGCCGGAGAGGAAGGGCCGACGGUGACUCGCGGAGGCGAGGCCGCAGUCACGUGGGAGGUGAGGCCACGGCGGAGGCCAAGGUCACGGCGGAGGCCAUGGUCACGGCGCGCGUUUUCUCAACUUUGGGCGCGUUCCGGCCGUGCCACGGAGACAGCCUCGGUCUGAAACGACGAGGACGAGCAGGAGGAGGAGGAGCGCAGCUUCAGCUUCAGCUGCUUCGCGUGCUGCCCCAUCGCGGCUGGCACAGCCGUGUGUAUUUUAUAAAUAUAGAUAUUUUGUAUUGUGGUAAGCACGCAAGUCCGGAACAACGAGUCGAUGAUUUCUGGGGGAGGGGACAGAAAA